AUGGAAACAAAUUUAACAGAAUCAGAAAUAUCAAUAUCAAUAACAAAUACAAAUUUAUUAAAUAAAUAUAUGCGUUUAACCAAUCUUACUUUUUCAUGUACUGGUGUUAUAAGUAAUUUUAUUCUAUUAAUUAUACUUUUAUUACUUGGUCGUCAUCAAUGUACAACCUAUUUUAUCUUAAUAAUAAUGACUAUAUGUGAUCUUCUCUAUUGUAUAGUAUAUACGAGUAUCUUAUUAACUAUUGAUUAUUAUCUCAAUAUAAUAAAUCAUCAAAUUUUAUGUCCUCUAUCAUUCUUUUUAACACCAUUUACAUUUACGGGAUCGACAUUAUUAUUAUUUAUUUGUCUAUUACAUUUGAUAACGGAUUAUGUACGUCGAUAUGAUACUGUUUUAGGACAAAUAGGUGGACGUUUAUCUGUUGUAUUUAUUUUUGCAUUUAUUAUUAUUCGAAGUGUUCUUGGUUCAACAUCAAUUGAAUUAAUAUCUGAUUCAUCAAUGUCUCAUAUUCAACAUUGUACUAUUGAUAUAAAUACAUCAGACCUUGUUUCACGUGUACAAAAAAUCAAUCAUAUAUUUGCUGAAGUAACUGAUAUACUUGUUUAUUUUGGUUGGAUUAUUAUGGUCUUCAUGUAUUUCAUAUCUGUAUUUCGAUAUAAAAAUUCUUUAAAAAAAACUCAUAGAGAAACAAAUCAUUUACCAAAUCCAUUUGUUUCUGUUCUUAUGAUAAGAAAAGGUCAACAAGAAAAUCAAGAACGAUUAACAAAUAAACAACGACAUAAUGAUAUAUCAUUAAUUAUUUUAUCAAUAAGUUGUAUGUCAAUUCCAUUUUAUUUACCUGUUAUGAUAAAUAAAUUUACAACCAUGGAUCUUAUUUAUCGUAAUAAAACAUUUUUAACUGAUUCACAAAUAUAUUUUCUACAAAGUAUUCAACAAACAACACAUUUAUUUUGUUUAACAAUAAGAUUUAUUCCGUAUUUUAUAUUUGAUAAACGUAUACGUUCAUUUCUUCAUCGAAUGAUUGGAAUGAAAAUUGAAAGAAAAAAAUCAUCGAAGAAAAAAGGAAAAUAUAUACAAAAAUAUAUUUGUCGUUGUCAAUGUUCUCGUCGACAACAAUCGUUAGAAUUAAAUCAAAAUCCAUAUGAGCAUAAACAAAUUGAAAUUUAA